GCUACAUCCGCGAAGCACUCUCUGUAGACAAUGUUAUUGCCAAAUCCCUAACAAGAGUUCCGUUAUCACCUAACUACAAGGGCUGCGGUUCAAGGCUAAUGAAUGUAAUACUACACUCCGAAGGAAUGAUUCAAGUUCUGUUGGAUAGCUGGCUAAAGUUUCGAGCUAGGUUGCCAACAGAAAUACGGCUAAAGGCAGCAGGCGAACGACCAAAAGUCGGAAGAAAUUCGAUGGAACUUGCAAACGCUGCAAAUUCUUUAUUUGCACAGUCCUUCGGAGAGACCGACACAACAGCGCCCACGUCACACAGGAGGACCGAGCACAGCACGAGUGAACCAUCAGUUCAGGAACGCUCAAUAAUGUCAUGUAACACGACUGAAAUAUACAAACCAAAAAACGAUUAAUUGCCGGCCACCUAACGGCCGGCUUAAAAGCGAACACCAACUUGACAUCCACCAAUGAACUCCUAACCACAAAAGCCCUAUCUUGCAUGUAUACAAACGCUCAAGGCCUUCGAAGCAAGUUGGUCGAACUUAGAGAACUCCAUGCCUCACAACCGCGGGACCUCGUCAUGAUUACAGAGACAUGGUUAAACCCUGAGAUAACCGACUGUGAGAUCAAGUUACCCGGUAUGUCGCUGCUUCGGACCGAUAGAACCGGAAUGGGUGGCGGUGUGAUUCUUUACUAUAAUACAAGCCUCCGAUGUGAAGUUAUCGAUCACCCGGAAAUCCGAG